AUGCGCCCGCACCAGCAGCCAGAGCACUUUCUGCAAAUCCGCAACACGAGCUGCUGCGUGUUCCGCGAUGACUUCAUCGCGCACGUCCUGCCGCCGGUGUUGGGGCUGGAGUUCGUGUUCGGGCUCCUGGGCAAUGGCCUUGCCCUGUGGAUCUUCUGCUUCCACCUCAAGUCCUGGAAAUCCAGCCGGAUUUUCCUGUUCAACUUGGCCGUGGCGGACUUCCUCCUGAUCAUCUGCCUGCCGUUCCUGUUGGACAACUACGUGAGGAAGUGGGACUGGAAGUUCGGGGACGUCCCCUGCCGGCUGAUGCUCUUCAUGCUGGCCAUGAACCGCCAGGGCAGCAUCAUCUUCCUCACGGUGGUGGCCGUGGACAGGUACUUCCGCGUGGUCCACCCCCACCAUGCUCUGAACAAGAUGUCCAAUCGGACAGCGGCCGUCAUCUCCUGCUGCCUGUGGGCCGUGACCAUCGGCCUGACGGCGCACCUGCUGUACCGGAAGAUGCUGAUCAAGAACCGCGACGCGAACCUGUGCAGCAGUUUCAGCAUCUGCGACACGUUCCGGUGGCACGACGCCAUGUUCCUGCUGGAGUUCUUCCUGCCCCUGGGCAUCAUCCUUUUCUGCUCCGUCCGCAUCAUCUGGAGCCUGCGGCAGCGGCAGAUGGACCGGCACGCCAAGAUCAAGCGGGCCAUCACCUUCGUCCUGGUGGUCGCCGUGGUCUUCGUCAUCUGCUUCCUGCCCAGCGUGGCGGUGCGCAUGCGCAUCUUCUGGCUGCUGCGCACGCGCGGGACGCGCAACUGCGACAUCUACCGCUCGGUGGACCUGGCCUUCUUCAUCACGCUCAGCUUCACCUACAUGAACAGCAUGCUGGACCCGCUGGUGUACUACUUCUCCAGCCCAUCUUUCCCCAACUUCUUCUCCACCUUGAUCGGCCGCUGCCUGCGGGAGAAGGCGCCGGAGGGGUCGGAGCACAACCGCAGCACCAGCAUGGAACUCACCGGCGAGGUGAGCGCGGCCCAGGGUGUCGCCAGCCCUCGGCUGGCCGCGGGCGCGCGCGAUCCGACCCCGGCCUCCGCCUAG